UCUUAAUCUCAAAGUUUCAGUUUCCCUUCUCUGUAACAGGAAGACAGUAGUUUCCAGCUAGCCAUGUAGCUCUAAGGUCAGUGAUCACACAGCACAUUCUCAAGCCUUGUUUAUGUUCCUAGUAGCACCAGUGAGGAGAUUCUGAGCAUGGACUCAACAGUCUCAGCCUGGGGGAUCAUGCUCACACCGCUGAAUGAAGAUGAUGAUGAACUUCCUGGAAAUCUCCAGUUAGUGUAUCUGAUCCUGAACUUUGUGAGCUUCUUCAUUUCCCUGGCCGGGCUGGCAGUAAACACUGUUGUGCUCUGGCUCCUGGGCUUCCGCAUGCAGAGGAACGCCAUCUCGGUCUACAUCCUCAACCUGGCAGGCUCCUUAAGGCAACGCCGUCGAAGGCAGCAGAGGCUUCAGCAGACUCUCAAGCUGGUUCUCAAGAGGGCUUUGGAAGAUGUUCCUGGGAUGGGUCAGAGUGAAGACCAUCAUUCUCCAGAGUCCCUAGACAUGUCAAGAAGCAGUCAAGUAUCCUGAUUCAGAGACCUUGUUUUAGUCACAGUGUCAGUCAUGUCUCCGUUAGUUUGGAAAGGUUUAUUACCUUCUGUCAAACUUGGGAUCCCUUAUCCUUAACAAUUGCUGAGCUAGUCCUCCUCACUUUGAGGAUACAGUGAGAGCAAAAGUGCUAAAUGCUGAGUCAGCAUCUCAAGGCCAGUCUUCCCCACAGCUCUCCACCCCUGCCCCAGCUAAGUUAACUCCAGGUCCAUCAUUGCUUCCACUUUUGAAGUAUCCUCCUUUAAAAGAGGCUAAAGAGAAAGCAGCAACCAUAAGAGUUUCUGUGGUGACUAUACUUGACUGGGCUGAAAGAACACUGCAUUUUUUACACUUAUUGCUCUUUACAACCUGUCGUAAUACAACAGAAGGAUUACAGCUAAUUUCUUUUUCUUUUUUUGCCCUCAGGGUUAUUGCUGGGGCUCAGUGCCUGCAUAACGAGGCUGCUACUGGUAGCCAUUUUCUUUGCUUUCCUCUAGAGAGAGGGUGAGAGACACAGAGAUAGAGAUGGAGAGAGAGACACAAAGAGGAGACAUACAGUGGCAUGACUCCACUAGUUAUGAAGCCUCCCCUUUGCAGGCAUUCCCAUGUGGUAGCUCAGGGCUCAAACCCAGAUAACAUGUGCACAUGAAUGAGCUACCUGCCAGUCCUCCCACCCCCCGAGUUAAAUUUUAAGCUAGAACCAGUUUUUCAUUUUAACAGAGCCCCGGAUUAUCUGCUAUUAUUAGGCUACUGAAUACAUGACUUGAUGAAUACAGAAAUUGAUAAAUUUUCAAACCAAGUCUGUGUUAAAUAUCCAUUUACCAGACUUCUGUUCAUUAGUUUCAUCAUUUUCAAGUCUUUCAAUCAUAAUUAUAUAUUUUAUAAGCAUAUUAAUCAAUGUCAAAGCAUAUUUGAGUUUUAGGGGAGGUUUUUUUAUUGGGGGAUUAAUGGUUUAUAGUCCACUGUAAAUAUAGUAGUUGAUACAUGUAAAAAAUUUCUUAAUUUUAUGUAAAACACUCUAACCUCCCACCUAGGUCCUCCUCCACUAUCAUGCUCCAGGACCUGAACCCUCCCCCUGUCCCAGAGUCCUUUAGGCCCAGUCCAAAUUCUGCUUUGUGUUUCCCUUCUGUUCUUAUUUCUCAACUUUUGUUUAUGAAUGAGAUGAUCCCAUAUUCAUCUCUCUCUGGCUUAUCUCACUUAACAUGAUUCCUUCAAGCUCCAUCCAAGAUGAGGUAAAGAAGGUGAGCUCAUUUUUAAUAGCUGAGUAAAUUCCAUUGUAUAUAUAGACCACAACUUUCUCAGCUACUCAUCUGCUAUUAGACAUCUGAGUUGCUUCCAGGUUUUGACUAUCUACAAGUUGUGCUAUUAUGAACAUAGGUAUACACAGAUCUUUUUGGAUGGGUGUGUUGGGUUCCUUAGGAUAUAUCCCCAGGAGAGGAAUUGCAGGGCCAUAGGGUAGGUCCACUUCUAGCUUACUGAGAGUUCUCCAGACUGCUCUCUGUAGGGGUUGGACCAUUUUACAUUCCCACCAAUGGUACAGGAGUUACUUUGCCUCCUUAUCCUCUCCAACAUUUGCUGUUGCUCUCCUUUCUGAUGUAUGACAUUCUCACAGGAGUGAAGUAGUAUCUCACUGUUGCCUUCAUUUGCAUUUCUCUGGCAAUCAGCGACAUUGGGCCCUUUCUCGUGUGUCUGUUGACCCUCUGGAUCUCUUCUAUAAGGUUUCUGUCCAUGUUCUUGCCCUGUUUUCUUAUGGUGUUGUUUUGUUUUGUUGAUUAAGUUUACUGAGCUCUUUAUGAAUUCUGAUUAUUCAUCCCUUAUCUGAAGUAUGUUAUACUUAUAUG